AGGCAGCGAAGCGAGAUCCCUUCUCACGUGAGAGGCCGCCGAUGCCCAGAGAACCCCGUCCUGCUUACUGCAGAGCCUCGGCUCGCAAAGUGACCUAUUUCCGAGAGCCCGCUUGGACCCGGCUCGCUGCAUCCCUGCAGCCGGGGUGCCGCGGAAGGUGGGGGGCUCCGGGCGCGAUGAAGUGGGACCCUUAGCCCCCCGGCUCUGCAACCUGGGGAGAUCCCGGAGCCUCCGAGGCGGCUCCAAGUCUCCGGCCUCCCAACUUGGGCUCUCCGUCUGUCCGGACCCGGGGCCGAUCGAGAACCUCUUCUCUCCCUCUCUGCUCUCUCUGCGCCCGGCCCGGCGCUAUGAAGUGAGGCCCCGCCCCCGUCCCCUUGCCGUGCCCCCCGCCCCCCCUUGCCAUCAUGAGAGCGGCGGACUCCGCCACCUGGGAGAGGGUCAAAUUCCUCACGGGCCAGGUAGAAGCGUGCACUUCCUGCGGGGCCGGGAAGGAGCCCGCGGGGGAGCGAGGCUGGGGAGCUAGCCCGUGGGAGUGGGGGCGGGGGACGGAGCCCAAGCCGGAGCCCGAACCCCAUCGGGCGCCCCGGCCCCAACCCCUCGGAGCUCAGCCAGCGGCGCCCACCAUGAAAUCCGACGGUGACGAGAGGAAGCCGGUGUUACUCCGAGAAGAGGUAUCUCAGCUGCAAGAGGAGGUUCAUCUCCUCCGGCAGAUGAAGGAAAUGCUCACAAAGGACCUGGAGGAGUCUCACGGAAGCAAGUCCACGGAGAUUCUCUCGGCCACCGAGCUCAAAGUCCAGCUGGCCCAGAAGGAGCAGGAGCUAGCCAGAGCCAAAGAAGCCCUCUUGGCCAUGAAGGCCGAUAGAAAGCGUUUGAAGGCCGAAAAGACAGACCUCGUGAGCCAAAUGCAACAGCUCUAUGCCACCCUGGAGAGCCGGGAGGAGCAGCUUCGGGACUUCAUCCGGAACUAUGAGCAGCACAGAAAAGAGAGUGAGGAUGCGGUCAAAGCCCUGGCAAAAGAGAAGGACCUUUUGGAGCGGGAGAAGUGGGAGCUGCGCCGGCAAGCCAAAGAAGCUACAGACCAUGCCACAUCCCUGCGCUCACAGCUGGACCUGAAGGACAACAGAAUGAAGGAGCUUGAGGCUGAGCUGGCUAUGGCAAAGCAGUCCUUAGCCACCCUGACCAAGGAUGUCCCCAAGCGGCAUUCUCUCGCCAUGCCAGGUGAGACAGUUCUCAACGGCAAUCAGGAAUGGGUGAUGCAGGCGGACCUCCCGCUCACUGCGGCCAUCCGGCAGAGCCAACAGACGCUCUACCACUCACAUCCCCCCCAUCCCACAGACCGGCAAGCUGUCAGGGUGAGCCCCUGUCAUUCUCGGCAGCCUUCCAUCAUCUCUGAUGCGUCUGCAGCCGAAGGAGACCGGUCAUCGACGCCAAGUGACAUCAACUCCCCUCGUCACCGGACGCACUCCCUCUGCAAUGGGGACAGUCCCGGACCUGUACAGAAGAAUUUACACAACCCAAUUGUACAGUCACUAGAGGAUCUUGAAGACCAAAAAAGGAAAAAGAAGAAAGAGAAGAUGGGAUUUGGCUCCAUCUCCCGGGUCUUUGCCAGAGGGAAGCAGCGGAAAUCCCUCGAUCCAGGCCUCUUUGAUGACUCUGACAGCCUGUCCAGCCCAACCCGCCUCAGCCUGUCAGAAGGAGAGGAGCAGAUGGACCGGCUGCAGCAAGUGGAGCUGGUUCGAACCACCCCCAUGUCACACUGGAAAGCAGGAACUGUCCAGACCUGGCUGGAGGUGGUCAUGGCAAUGCCCAUGUAUGUCAAGGCCUGCGCAGAGAAUGUGAAGAGUGGGAAGGUGCUGCUGAGUCUGAGUGAUGAAGACCUGGAGACCGGCCUUGGCGUGUGCAGCUCCUUGCACCGCCGAAAGCUCCGUCUGGCAAUUGAAGACUACAGGGAUGCGGAGACUGGCAAAUGCUUGUCAAAGGCCUCAGACCUGGACCACCACUGGGUGGCUAAGGCAUGGCUCAAUGACAUUGGCCUGCCCCAGUACUCCCAGGCCUUCCACAACCACCUCAUCGAUGGGAGGAUGCUCAACUCUCUGAUGAAGAGAGACCUGGAGAAACACCUGAAUGUGUCCAAAAAAUUCCACCAGGUCAGCAUCCUACUCGGCAUCCAGCUCCUCUACCAAGUGAACUUCAGCAAAGAGGUUCUCCAGGAGCGACGGGCUCGUUGUGAGACACAGAACAUUGACCCAGUGGUCUGGACAAACCAGCGGGUGCUCAAAUGGGUACGGGACAUUGACCUGAAGGAAUAUGCGGACAACCUGACCAACAGUGGCGUCCAUGGAGCAGUGCUGGUCUUAGAGCCCACAUUCACGGCAGAAGCCAUGGCAACAGCCCUGGGCAUCCCCAGCGGAAGGCACAUCCUUCGGAGGCACCUGGCUGAAGAGAUGAGCACCAUCAUCAGCCCCGCCAGUGCUAUAGGCAUCCGAGAGGCUGAAAGGUUUGGGACCCCCCCAGGAAGGGCUUCCAGCGUCACUCGGCAGGGGAAGGAGGAGACCAGCAGCAGCGUCAAGUACAAAACUGGCCGGUUGCCACUAGGGAAGAUUGGAAGGGGGUUCAGCAGCAAAGACCUUGACUUCCAUGAUGACUAUGGCUCUCUCAGAAAUGAAGACUGCUUCGAUGAUGACCCUCAAGAUAGAUCAGAUCAGUGUCGUCUAGAAAACUACAGUGGACUUGAGGUUACCAAUGUGUAAAGAAUGGCUUUAUUCCCACCAGUCUCAUGGGCCAAGGAGAAAAAUCAAAGAGGGAAGGAAGGAGCUUAUGAAGAACCCACUGAUUGGGUGUACAGAGAAACUUUGAGCUAAGUGCCAACAUGGCAUUGUCGUCUUGCUAGCCAAGGGACACUUCCCAGACCAAACGCAGCCAAUCUGUAGACUGACCAACUUUAGGAGGCUCUACAGAAAUGAGCUCCUGGUGGGGACUGGAGAAUCCACAUCUAGAAGGCUCCAGAAAAGAUCAUAACCAUCCAACAUCCUGUCCUGGACUGUUUAGAUAUCCCUCCUCCUUGAAAGCAGGGGACUGACUAAGACCUCUUCAAAGUCACUCUGACCUCUAAAGUUCUAAGGUUCUCAGGCUUAAUUUCAGAGGGAACUUAGAGGUUAAAUAAUUUGUGAGCUACCCCUGAGUCCCAGACCAAGCCACCAUGGAUGGGAAAGACCCAUGUUUCCCCACCCCCUCAAAUGUCCUUCCAAGACUAGCUGGUGGGUUAACUCAGUAUUUCAGACACCGAUUUGAAUGAAAGGAAGAGCAACCAUGGAAAAAGGAAGAUGAUGGCCCAGCAAGCAACGCCUUUCUAGCUAGGGCAACCUAUUGGGAAAGCCUCCUGGGUGUGAUGUCAGAGUGAGAGCUUCACCUCCUGUUUUUCUUCUCCCUUUGAUUUCUAGUGGAUGAGGAGGGCUUCCCUGGCCUUCCAGACUCCAGCCUGGAUUAUCAUGUCUGCAGUGGCAGAGUGGGUAAAGCCCAGGAUUUAGAGACAUUUGGAAUGCUAGCUCUGUUGUUUUACUACCUAUGGAACCUUGGAAAAGUCAAGGGCCUGGGCCUCAGUUUACUUGUGUAUAAACUGAGAGACUAGAUUAGAUCAUCCCUGAGGCUUCUUCCUGCUCUAAUAUUCUUUGGGUGAACUUCCUAUGCUUCUAUGAUCCUGUGAUCUUUUUCAGAGUGUUGACUGUCUGUGUGACCUUGGGCAAAUCACUUACCUUUCCUGGGUCUCAGUUUCCUCCUUUGUAAAAAUGAAUGGAAUGGACUAGAUAACCUCUGAGUUCCUUCCACCUCUAGAUUUAUGAGCCCAUGAUGUGAGUCAGGUCUGGGACUUUUACCUAAAGAGUGGUCCCUAGCUUUAGGGAAGUGCUUAAUAAAUUCAUGAAGGGUAGAAGUGGCUAUUCUGCUAAAGUCCUUGCACCAGGAGAAGGUGCAGUUGUUAAAUAACUAUGACCAUGCUUAGGGGUGAUGUGAGGUGACUCUUGAGGAAUUUCUGCAUACACAUUGCCUGGGAAAACUACAGGAUUCUUUCUUCUGAAUGAAGCAGAUUUCCAUAUUGGGCUUAUCAAUGUGGCCAGUCUCUCCACCAGUGUAGAUCUCAACCCAUUGACCUAGUCUCAUCCGGUGUGAUUCUCAUCCAUAUUCUUCCAAAAGGGAUCCACUCAACACUCACCCAUUGGUUCUUUUUAUACUUCAUGGAUGCAUCAUAAUCAAGCUGUCCAUCUGCUGAGGCAUAAAAUGAGGAGAUACAUGUUCACCAAAGGUCUUUACCCACGCCAUGGAAUGCAUCUUGUACAUUGUCCAAAUGGAGGAGAAUGUUCUCCAGACACUUUUGGUAAUGAAUAGCACUGUGCUGGUUGCUUCAGGACCAAGGACACCACCAAGCUCUUUUAAUGAGAUACACAGCCAUUAAGAAGAAAUUGGCUCAGCCAUCCACAUAGGGAAAACUAAGUGGAUGAAGAAUAUGUGAUACUAAAAUUAAGAUAUCCCACUGGCUGGGUGACCAACCUGUGGAAUUAGUGCAUCAGGAUGUAUACACUUUAUUGAAAUAGUUCCCUAUUCAUAAGAGUUGGCUUGAGACAAGAGCCAUGGGGAAAAUAAGCUUAAUUCUUCUCAAGAGUGCCAAUGGUGUCUUUAAUUUAGGGGGGGGAUGUGAUUGAGGGGUGGGGAAAUCUUGUUCAGUAUUCAAAUAAUGAAUUAGGUUUUUCUUUUUUAAUGACUUCAUUACAUGGAACAUAACAUGUCUCUCACAUAAGUCUUAACCAAGAUGUAAGGCCAACAGAAAGGAACCAGCAAGGUUUCUUCUGCCAUUGUCAUUGCUUUGUGACCUCUGCCUAGUGACCUCACCUGUCUGUGCCUCAGCAUCUUCAUCUGUAGAACAGGGACAGGGCCCCUUGUCCCAUACCUACCUCACAGGGAUGUUGUGAGGACUAAUGUGCACUAAUUUCUGUAACACACUUCAUGACUUCUCAGAAGGGGCUCUACGGCAGUGGGCACCCCUCCGCUUCUCCCUUCAAAGAUGGGGGAAGAAGGUUAUUUGCUCUAGCUCAGAGCUUCUUUCACUCACUUCAGUCUCACUCAUGACUCAUAUGGAAAGUCAGGCCAAGGGCUUUAACAAACUCAGUCUGUUUCCAAACAGUGUCAAAAUGAUUGGAUGCAAAGGAAAAACACACCUAUCCACCUAUGUAAUGGUCAAAUAAGCAAUUGUACAGAAUUUUUCACUGGAUUGACUGCACUCAUCAGAUAAUUUAGCACAGCGCUAGGCCCACAAGAGGUGCUCAGUAAUUCUUUAAAAGACUUCAUUUUCUUGCAUGCAGAUAUCCAGGCCAAAAAAAAAAAUGUAAACAAAAAACUCAAAAGACUAAUCAUUUGUUUUAACUAAGAAGGCCUGUCUUUAUUAAAGCCAUUAAUACCUAUGUGAAUAAAUGAUAACAUAUUUGAUUUUCCACACUAUUAUAGCAAAUAUCCAACUUCAGGGAGAAUUUUUAAAAGCAUUUAUACCUGUAAACUAGAUCUUGCUUAGGCUAAAGAAUGCUAAUCCUUCCUAACAGAAGUGUAAAUUGAGGCCCAGUCAUGAAUUUGUUCACUGUGCUUCCCUAAAGCCAGGGACCACUCUUUGGUCUUUAGCCGUCCACUAGAAUGGGUCCAGAAGAUCAUUUCCUUCCCCUAAACAACUGGAAAUAUCUGGAUAAUACAUAUGUUAUAGUGAUUCUACCAUUUCAAUGGAGAAAUCCAUUAUAUACCCAUUGACUUGACUUUUUGACUUCAAACCCUUUACUCUUGCUGAAGCCGUGCAUGCUAGAAGGGCUAGUAAGACCAUAACCCACUAGGGCAUUGUUUCAUUUCAUGAUACUCAGGGUGCAAUUGGAAGCUACCUUUACCCAUACUACUGACGUCUGUCUAUGUCCCAUCCUUGUUUCCCAUUAGUACAAAAUUUCUGCAUGGUAUCCUGAGUAACAGGGUCUGCUGGAUCCCCGAACCCAAUAUCACAAAGGGAAAGAUAAAAGCUAGGUUAAACAUAAAAAGUUAGGUGGAACCUAACUAUAGUGUUGUGGCAACAUCAGUGGAUUUGGAGUGACAGGUCCCAGGUUCAAGUCUCAGCUUUUCCAUCUGCUACCCUUCAGACCUUUGGCAACUAACUCUCUUCACUUCCUGGGGCUUCAAUUUCCUCCUUUGUAAGACAGGAUUAGACUAAAUGAUCUCCAGGUCCUUUCCAGUUAUAAAGCCAAUAACCUAUUCUUUCCAUAUGCAUUACCACUUGAACAAAAAUUGAGUUAGCUCUCUUAGGGAGUCAAGUAAUGUUCUUGCAAAUGGAGGAUUGGUACACACUUGCAUAAUUUCAUAUCUGUGGCAUAAUGAGAAAGGCAGAGCCAUAACUAGGAUAGUUGACUGUGUGACCCUGGGAAAAUCACUUACCUUCUCUGGAUAUCAGUUUUUUCCUUUGUAAAAUGAGUGGGAUGGACUAAAUGACCUCUGAGGUCCCUUCCACCUCUAAAUUUAUGACUCUAUAGUGUGAGAUACGGUGCCUGGAACUUCGUCUCAAAGGGCCAACAUUUAAGAAGAUGCUGAAAACACUGUCCAAGAACAUAUUUCUUCCCUGCCUCCUACCCAGUGGCUUUGCCCUAACUAAGCAACCAUCUUCCUAUCCCAAAAGCAAAAAUUCCUAGUUAUGGCUCUGGAGAAAGGGGGAAAGACUCUCGGAAACUGGCAUGGCUUUUCAUAAACAGCUUUCCUCCCUAAAUUCCUAAAGUAAUGGUAGGUAAGGGAGCUCAUGAGCACCAAAUGUCAAAUUUCCUUCCAUGAGCAACUCAGUUAUUAAGCAUCCAGGGAUCUUGGACAUAAACUGGAUUUUUUAGGUCAUGAGACCUUAACCCUAAUUGUAAUCCCCCAUCAUCAGUUCCUGGACUACUUUAAGCUUUUUGGAGCAAGGAAAGUGAACAUCAUGGUGCUCAUCUUCAAAGACAAAGAUGACUCAUUGACCCAACAUCCAUAAGGCUUAGAGUUCUUUCUCUGAUCCUGGAAUCUGAUUUUGGCUCAUGAAAAAAGGUGGCCUCCCUUGUCCCAGAAGUUGAAUAAGGUAAGUUCUGUCUUUCUGGGGAGAUAUGGAGCCAAAAUGCCAGUUCUUCAAGUCUGUGAGAAGAGAAUGAAUGGGGAAAGGAAAUCAGAAGAGAGAUUUUUGUGAUGUGGAUUUGGCAUCAGCAGAGUUGGGACUAGCGACCAUGCCUGCUACUUGUCAGCUAUGCGACCUUGUAGGCCUCAAAUCCUCCACUGGCGGAAAAGAGAAGGGUUGGACUCGAUCAUGUUUAAGGUCCUUACCUGCUCUAAAUCAUCCGCCCCUCUGAGCAUAUGGAAGCAAUUUCUGUGUGUCUCUGGACCAACAGCCACUGGGAUGGAUGUGACCUCAAUCUCCAAGUGCAACAAGGCAUCUGUGUCCUGAGAAGGAAAUGUGUGUAUGUAUGUAUGUGUGUGUGUGUUUCCAUAUAAAGUACAACCUUCUUUGCCUGAC